GAUAAUGAUGGAAAAACUCUUUUGCAUCACGCUACUAAAAAGAACAAUGAAGAUAUUGUUAACCUACUUUUAGAACAUGCCACUAUGGUAGAUAAUCAAGAUCGUGAUAUUUGUUCAGCUUUGGUAAAUAUACAAGAUCAUGAUCAUCAUUCAGCUUUAUCUUAUGCAGUAAUAAAAAGCGGAGCGGAUGCAAAUAUUAGUAAUGACGAUGGCACAACUCCUUUACUUUAUGCAGCUAAGCAAGGACAAUUUGAUAUAGCUAAACUACUUGUAGAUAAUGGAGCUGAGGUAAAUAUUAAACAAAAUAAUGGUAAGACCCCCUUAUAUAAUAUAGAAUUAUACCCGAACGGCGGUUUUGAUGAUGACUUUGAAAUCGUAGAUGCAGAAUUAGUUGAAUUUCUUAUUAAUAGUGGUGCAGAAAUAGAUUUUAAAGAUAGCAAAACACAACAUUUUUUUAUUUUUUUUGCUCAAGAAAAUAAUAUGAUAAUGGUUCGGAAAAUUUUAGAAGCUGCAGAAAAUUAUGAUGAUUUAAAAUUUAUUCUAAACGCUAAAAGCGAUUGCAGAAAAUUAGCUCUACACCAUGCUGUAGAAAGAGGUAAUGAGGAGAUUGUUGAACUGAUGUUAAAAUAUGGUGCUCCAGUGAAUUUUCGAGCCUGUAGAGGCAAAACGGCUUUGCAUUACGCAUCCGAGAGUGCCUAUGUGAAAAUAGUUAAAACGUUGAUAGAUAGAGGAGCAAGAAUACUUAUGAAAGAUAGAGAUGACAACACAGCUUUGCACUAUGUUGCUAGAAAGAAUGUAGAAAUAGUUGGCGAGUUGUUAAAAGGAAUAAGA